GAGAGAACAUUUUCUCACCUCAACAUCGAUCAUCCUCCUAGCAUCCUCCUUUCAUUAAUUUCCUUGAUCAUUUUCCAAGCCCUUAAAAAUCAUCAUGGGUGUCCUCACAUACGAAACCGAAUAUGCCUCAGUCAUCCCCCCUGCUAGGUUGUACAAUGCCCUUGUUCUUGAUGCUGACAAUCUCAUUCCGAAGAUUGCUCCACAAGCAGUCAAAACUGUUGAAAUUCUCGAGGGAGAUGGCGGUGUUGGAACCAUCAAGAAAGUUAGCUUUGGUGAAGGGAGUGAAUACAGCUAUGUGAAGCACAAGGUUGAGGGAAUUGACAAAGAUAACUUUGACUAUAGCUAUAGCUUGAUUGAAGGGGAUGCCAUUUCUGACAAAAUUGAGAAGAUCUCUUAUGAAAUUAAGUUGGUGGCAUCUGGCAGUGGUUCCAUCAUCAAGAACACCAGCCACUACCACACUAAGGGAGAUGUUGAGAUCAAAGAAGAACAUGUUAAGGUUGGAAAAGACAAGGCCCAUGGUCUGUUCAAGCUUAUUGAGAACUACCUUGUGGCCAAUCCUGAUGCCUACAACUAAGACCAUCCAUCUGGCAACAAUCUUGUGUUUUGCUUUCUCUGUUUACUCAGUUGUGUGGUUCAAUUUAUUAUCGUACCAAAGCAAUUCUUUGACUUGCACUUUGGAUAUGAUUAAAAAGGAUUGUUGUAUUUGAUUUUAAUCUCAAUAAAUAAAACAUAUAUAUACUAGUUAAAUGUAAAUUAUUUGAUGAUA